AUGGAUCCCAUAAACGACACACAUCAUGGCUCAGACGUGUCGAGCAGCGGCGAUACUGUGGACGUCCAAGUCACCAACUAUGAAAAAACACAACUAGGCCAGGCACCAUUGCCGCUCGCGCCCGCACCAACACCUGCAGUGCCUAUGAAUGAGAAGGGAUACAAGAGCAAGGACGAGAAGAAAGACAAGGAUAGUGAUGAUGAGGGCGAAGACCCGUUCGCUCAUCUGCCCGAUCAUGAGAAGGCUGUACUGAAGCGUCAACUGGAUAUUCCGACCGUCAAAGUCACCUAUUUCAUGUUGUUCCGCUAUGCGACGCUCAACGACAAACUCCUCAUGAUGCUCAGCGCAAUUUCUUCCAUUAUUGGAGGUGCUCUUCUGCCUCUCAUGACAAUUGUCUUUGGAGGUCUGACAACCACCUUCAACAGGUUCUUCUUGCAAGAAAUCGGAGCCGAUAAAUUGAACUCGGAGAUUUCGAGAUUUUCGCUGUACUUCCUCUACCUGGCUAUUGGAGAAUUCGUCUUCGUGUACAUUGCCACAGCUGGAUUCCUCUACACUGGUGAGCACAUCUCUGGAAAGAUCCGUCAGAAUUUUCUCAAGGCCAUUCUUCGCCAAAACAUUGCCUUCUUCGAUCAACUUGGUGCCGGAGAGAUUACCACCAGAAUCACAUCCGACACCAACCUUGUGCAAGAUGGUAUUUCCGAGAAGGUUGGAUUGACACUCACUGCCAUUGCCACAUUCGUUACUGCCUUCGUUGUGUCGUUCAUCAAGGACUGGAAGCUCACUUUGAUCCUGAUGUCGACCGUGUUCGCAAUCGUGUUCACCAUGGGCGGUAUGAGUGGCUUCAUCGUCAAGUUCAACAAAGCUUCCUUGUCCUCGUAUGCUGAGGGUGGUACCGUAGCCGAAGAAGUCAUCAGCUCUAUCAGAAACGCGAAAGCCUUCAAUACGGAAGCCAAGCUGACCAGAGCAUAUGAUGCGCAUCUUGCUGUAGCUGAGAAAUGGGGCUUCAAGAUGAAGGCUGUCACCGGAUCCAUGAUUGGCUUCUUGAUGUGCUAUGUCUACUUGAACUACUCUCUGGCUUUCUGGAUGGGCUCUAGAUAUCUCGUCGGUGGACGCAUCGACGUUGGUACUGUUCUGACCAUCAUCUUGAGCAUCAUGAUCGGAGCUUUCGCACUCGGUAAUGUGGCUCCCAACAUCGGAGCCUUCACCACCAGCGUUGCCGCCGCGGCUAAGAUCUUUGCUACCAUUGACCGUGUUUCUCCUCUUGAUCCCGCUUCUGAGUCUGGCGAGACAUUGAAAAGCGUUGAAGGCCAUAUCGAACUGCGCAAUAUUCGUCACAUCUACCCGUCCCGUCCGGAAGUCACUGUUAUGGAGGAUGUCAGCCUCAUCGUACCUGCUGGCAAGACAACUGCCUUGGUUGGUGAAUCAGGCUCGGGUAAGAGUACCAUUGUUGGCCUUGUCGAGCGCUUCUAUGACCCUGUUGGCGGCACCGUGUAUCUUGAUGGCCAGGAUAUCUCCAGUCUCAACUUGCGCUGGCUUCGUCGCCAGAUCUCUCUUGUCAGUCAAGAACCUACUUUGUUCGCUACUACCAUCUUCGGCAAUAUCCGCCAUGGAUUGAUUGGUACCGCUCACGAGAACGAGUCCGAAGAGAGAACCCGUGAAUUGGUCGAAAACGCCGCCAGGUUCGCCAACGCGCACGAGUUUAUUACUGGUUUGCCUGAAGGUUACGAAACCAACGUUGGCGAACGCGGUUUCCUCCUUUCCGGAGGCCAGAAGCAAAGAAUCGCUAUUGCCAGAGCUAUGGUCAGCGACCCCAAAAUUCUUCUUCUCGACGAAGCCACUUCAGCUUUGGACACAAAAUCUGAGGGUGUUGUGCAAGCUGCUCUCGAUAAAGCCGCCUUGGGCAGGACGACCAUCGUCAUUGCUCACAGACUUUCCACAAUCAAGGGCGCUGACAAUAUCGUUGUGAUGUCCAAGGGUCGUAUCGUGGAACAGGGUACUCAUGAUGUUUUGAUUGGAACCAAGGGAGCCUACUACAACUUGGUUGAAGCUCAACGCAUUGCUGCCGAGAAUGAAAAUAAGGACCAGGACGAAAUCCCCAUACUGGAUGAGAAGGAUCAGAACCUUACCCGCGUUGCGACCAAAGGCGAGGAACCCGAGAACGGCCUUAAACUUGCUCGUACCCAAACUGGCAAAUCGCAGUCUAGCAUUGCUCUCGUGAACAAGAAGGCCGAGGUUGAAAACCGCUACUCAUUGUGGACACUAAUCAAGCUCGUCGCGAGCUUCAACAAGAAGGAGUGGUUAUAUAUGACCAUUGGAAUCAUCUGUUCUGUCAUCACUGGAGGUGGUAACCCGACGCAAGCCGUCUUUUUCGCCAAAGCUGUUACUGCCCUGUCUGGGCCGAAUACUACAGCUGCAGAUAAGGCCACAAUUCGCCACGAGGCGAACUUCUGGUCUUGGAUGUACUUCAUGCUUGCCCUGGUGCAAUUUGCUGCCUUCCUCCUUCAGGGCUAUGUCUUCGCUAUUUGUUCAGAGAGACUCGUCCACCGAGCUCGUGAACAAGCUUUCAAAACCAUGCUUCGCCAGGAUAUCGCUUUCUUCGAUAAGGAGGAAAACACCGCUGGUGCUUUGACCUCGUUCCUUUCCACUGAAACCACGCAUCUUGCCGGUAUGUCUGGUGUGACCCUGGGCACGCUUCUCUCUGUUAUUGUCACCCUCAUCGCUGCGUUCUCUGUGUCUCUGGCCGUCGGCUGGAAGCUCAGUCUGGUCUGCAUUUCAACUGUCCCUAUCUUGCUCGCAUGCGGUUUCUUGCGCUUCUGGAUGCUUGCGCGUUUCCAAGCCAAAGCCAAAAAGGCCUAUGAAAAAUCCGCGAGCUACGCCUGUGAAGCAACUUCUGCCAUUCGUACAGUCGCCUCCUUGACAAGAGAAGAUGACGUCCAUUUCCAUUACAACGGACAGCUCGUGGACCAGGAACGCAAGUCUCUGGUUUCCAUCUUGCGUUCUUCCAGUCUCUAUGCUGCCUCUCAAUCACGCUUGAUUUCGAAAGGCGAAUACAACAUGUUCCAAUUCUUCCUCUGUUUCAGUGCUGUCAUCUUCGGCGCCCAGUCUGCCGGCACCAUCUUCUCCUUCGCUCCCGAUAUGGGCAAAGCCAAGCAAGCCGCUGCAGAGCUCAAGGCACUGUUCGACCGUAGGCCGGAAAUUGACAGCUGGAGUGAGAAUGGUGAGAAGCUCUCGAACGUAGAGGGCCACAUCGAGUUCAGAGAUGUUCACUUCCGCUACCCUACACGCCCAGAGCAACCCGUCCUUAGAGGUCUCAACUUGACCGUCAAGCCUGGUCAAUACGUGGCUCUGGUCGGUGCUAGUGGUUGUGGUAAAUCGACCACCAUUCAGCUUUUGGAGCGUUUCUACGAUCCUCUAGCUGGUGGCGUCUACAUCGACGGGAAGGAGAUUUCCAGCCUCAACGUCAACAACUACCGUUCGUGGAUCGCACUUGUUUCGCAAGAACCAACUCUCUACCAGGGCACUGUCAAGGAAAACAUCCUCCUGGGUGCUGACAGGGAGAAUGUUCCCCAAGAAGCCAUCGAACAAGCUUGCAAGGACGCCAACAUUUACGAUUUCAUUAUGUCUCUGCCAGACGCCUUCGACACUAUCGUAGGCAGCAAGGGUAGCAUGCUUUCCGGUGGUCAAAAGCAGCGUAUCGCCAUUGCUAGAGCACUGCUGCGCGAUCCCAAAAUUCUACUUUUAGAUGAGGCAACCUCUGCACUGGACAGUGAGUCAGAAAAGGUUGUGCAGGCCGCGCUGGACAAGGCAGCAAAGGGCCGCACCACCAUCGCCGUCGCACAUCGUCUAUCCACUAUUCAACGUGCUGAUAUGAUCUAUGUGUUUGAUGCUGGUAAGGUGGUUGAGGCUGGCACACAUACUGAGCUUCUUCACCAGAGAGGACGCUAUUUCGAACUGGUGAAUCUCCAGAGUCUAGGCAAGGCACAGUAG